AUGGCGCCCGCUCGAGGGUCUCGUGCGAAAGCUCCCAAGGCUCAUCAUGAAUCUGCAAGGAGCUUGAAGCGCAAACGGGGCGAAGAGGAAUUAUCCUCCCUCAUCAAGCGUGUGGAAGAGCUCGACUUAAAGACCGCCGUCAAAAACUUCGCCGAUCUCCCUCUCUCCGAACCAACAGCAAACGGUCUGUCGGCUUCUCAUUUCAAAGUCUUGACCGACAUUCAAUCUCGGGCUAUCCCUCAUGCCCUGAAGGGCCGCGAUAUCCUCGGAGCAGCCAAGACUGGCAGCGGAAAGACUCUGGCCUUCCUGAUCCCCGUCCUUGAGAAUCUCUACCGCAAGCAGUGGACCGAAUAUGAUGGCUUGGGUGCACUUAUCCUGUCGCCAACCCGCGAAUUGGCCAUCCAGAUCUUCGAAGUCCUCCGCAAGGUCGGCCGCUACCAUGCGUUCUCCGCCGGACUGGUUAUCGGUGGAAAGAGUUUGCGGGAGGAGCAAGAUCGACUGGGCCGUAUGAAUAUCCUUGUCUGCACCCCCGGUCGGAUGCUACAACAUUUGGAUCAGACUGCGAUGUUUGAGACACACAACCUGCAACUGUUGGUGAUGGAUGAGGCCGAUCGCAUUCUCGACAUGGGCUUCCAAAAGACCAUUGACGCCAUUCUCGACCACCUUCCAAAGGAGCGCCAGACCAUGCUCUUCAGCGCGACACAAACCAAAAAAGUCUCUGAUCUGGCCCGGUUGAGUCUGACGGAACCCGAGUAUGUGGCGGUGCACGAAUCCGCAUCAGCAGCAACGCCCUCGACCCUUCAACAACAUUAUGUUGUGACUCCUCUUGCCAACAAGCUUGAUACGCUAUGGAGCUUUAUCCGCAGUAACCUCAAAUCAAAAACCGUGGUUUUCCUAUCCUCAGGAAAGCAAGUGCGAUUUGUCUACGAGUCUUUCCGUCAUCUCCAGCCCGGUAUCCCUCUGAUGCAUCUGCAUGGUCGCCAAAAACAAGGGGGUCGCUUGGAUAUUACGACAAAAUUCUCUCAGUCUCAGCAUUCUGUCCUGUUUGCGACCGAUGUUGCGGCGCGUGGUCUUGACUUCCCUGCGGUGGACUGGGUCAUCCAGAUGGAUUGCCCGGAGGACGCUGAUACCUAUAUCCACCGAGUGGGCCGAACGGCUCGAUACGAACGGGUUGGCCGUGCUGUGCUCUUCUUAGACCCAAGUGAAGAAAAGGGUAUGCUGAAGCGACUGGAGCAGAAGAAGGUUCCAAUCGAAAAGAUCAAUAUCAAGUCGAACAAGCAGCAGACGAUUAAACACCAACUUCAGAAUAUGUGUUUCAAAGACCCGGAACUGAAAUACCUUGGUCAGAAAGCCUUCAUCUCCUAUGUCAAGUCAAUCUACGUGCAGAAGGACAAGGAGACGUUCAAUAUUAAGGCUCUGCCUUUGGAGGAAUUCGCAGGAAGCCUGGGUCUCCCUGGUGCCCCUCGCAUCAAGUUUAUCAAGGGUGAUGAUACAAAGGAGCGCAAGAAUGCCUCAUGGAAGAUGGCUCAUCUCUCCAGUGACGAAGAAGACUCCGACGACGGAGCUUCCAAGAAGAAGAAGAAGAAGGAAGAACCCCAAGUCCGGACCCGUUACGACCGCAUGUUUGAGCGUCGCAACCAGGACGUGCUCGCUGACCACUACUCGAAACUCAUCAACGACGAUGGCACGCUUAUUGCCACUGGCGCUGGACCGGGAGCCGGAGAAGAUGCUGACGAGGAUGCCGAUUUCCUCUCCGUCAAGCGACGAUUUGUGGCUGGUGAUGAAGGUCUUGGUCAAGGAGGAGACUCAGACUCGGAUUCGGAUUCGGACAGCCCGGAAGCGGACACCGCAACCAAGAAAGUACAGAUUGAUGGCAAAGAGCCAUUGGUCAUCGACUCGAAACGUCGGCAAGGAACGAAGCUUGUAUACGACGACGACGGCAACGCUCACGAGAUCUACGAAAUGGAAGACGAAGAACAAUUCAAGGCUCGUGGCGACCCGAACGCUCAGCGCGAACGCUUCGUGGCCCAGGAGAGUGCUCGGACUCGCGAGGCCGAUAUCGAGGACAAGGAACUGGUGCGCGCGAAGAAGCGCGAGAAGAAGGAGAAGCGCCGAGCACGCGAGCGUGCACUGGCGGAGGAGGCCCAGCAAGAGUCCGGCGAAGAAACAGGCGGCCUGCCCUAUGUUCCGUUCGAGAUCCCUGGCUCUGCAUCCGAGUCCGAGCCCGAACGCGAUGCUCCCCGCCAGCAAGAAGGCCCGUGUCUCUUUUGCAGACGAUCGCAACGCGUCCAGCGGCGACGAACGUCCGAAGAAGAGCAAGGCAAGGCUGCGCCGCCGCAGAUCGAAACUCUGGAAGAUCUGGAGGCGUUGGCCAGUGGACUCCUUGGUUGA